AUGGGUGUUUGUGUGACUAAAAUGGAAGCAUAUGAUCAUUUGAAAGUGGUAGGCUUUAUCAAGGGUUAUAAUAAUUGGAUAGCACAUGAAGAACUUUCAAACUACUAUGAAGCCACAUCUAAUUCUGAAAAUACAUCAAUUGGGGUUUCAAAUGGGACUAAUGACAUGCAAGACUUGGUCCAUGAUGUAUUUGGGAUACCACAUGGAACAAAUGAAUUGAAUAGAGAAGGGGACUUUCCUGUUUCAGAGGCUGAAAAAUUUUACAAAUUGAUUGAUGAUUCUCAACAGGAUUUGUACAGUGGUUGCAAAAAUUUCUCGAAGUUGUCUUUCAUUAUUCGUUUGCUUCACCUAAAAUGCCUUGGUAAGAUGAGUAACAAGAUUUUUAAUAUGCUUGUUGAGCUGUUGAGAGAAGCAUUUCCGGAGGCCAUGACUAAUUUGCCUUCUUCUUACUAUGAGGCUGAGAAAUUGAUGAAUACAUUGGGGCUGGGUUAUGAAAAGAUCGAUGCAUGUCCUAAUGAUUGUUCUCUUUAUUGGGGUAGUGCUGAAAAAAGAACUUCAUGCGAAACAUGUAACGAGCUUAGGUGGGUUGCUUCAGAAAAUGAUCCAACUGGUGAAAAAAGAAAAAUCCCUCAAAAAGUAUUGUGGCAUUUUCCUUUAAAAGCUAGAUUACAAAGACUAUUUAUGUCUUCUAAAAUUGCAUCUCAAAUGAGAUGGCAUGAGGAAAAACGUACAAAAGAUGGUUGUAUGAGACAUCCAGCUGAUUCUCCAGCUUGGCAAACUUUUGACCAUCUACAUCCAGAAUUUGCUAAGGAUUGUCGAAAUGUUAGAUUGGGGUUGGCAUCUGACGAGUUUAAUCCAUUCAACAACAUGAGUUCUACACACAGUACUUGGCCUGUGGUUUUAAUACCAUAUAACUUACCUCCGUGGAUGUGUAUGAAGCAACCGUACUUCAUGUUGUCCUUGUUAAUACCCGGACCAUCCUCUCCUGGGAAUAAUAUUGAUGUUUAUCUACAGCCUCUAGUUAAAGAAUUGACCGAAUUGUGGGAUUUUGGCAUUCAAACUUAUGAUGCAUCCCAAAAAGAAAAUUUUCAAUUGCAUGCAGCUCUGUUGUGGACCAUUAGUGAUUUCCCUGGAUAUGCAAUGUUAUCUGGGUGGAGCACUAAAGGUGAAUAUGCUUGUCCUGUUUGUCACAAGUUCACUCAUGCACGACGGUUGACUCAUAGUUUCAAGCAUUGCUAUAUGGGUCAUCAUAGAUUCUUAGAUAGUAAGCAUAAAUUUAGAAAGCAAGCCCAAUUGUUUGAUGGCACCGAAGAAUAUGGAAAGCGACCACCUUUGCAAACUGGGGAUAUGAUUGUGAGUGAAUUGGGAGACUUGCAAAUUAAAUUUGGAAAACUUGUGAAAGGUAAUCCGAAGCUGCCUUUUAAUUGGAAAAAGAGGAGUAUUUUCUUUGACUUGCCAUAUUGGAAAGAUAAUGUCUUAAGACAUAAUCUUGACUUCAUGCACAUUGAGAAGAAUGUUUGUGAAAAUAUUUGGGGGACAUUGCUGGAUAUUGAGGAUAAAGCAAAGGACCAUUAUAAUUCCCGCCGUGAUUUGAGAGAAAUGGGAAUAAGAAAAGAGCUGCAUCCCAUUGAGACAGAACCUGGAAAGGUUUACUUACCUCCAUCUUCCUUUGCAAUGGAUAAAAAACAGAAAACUAUAUACUUCAGGCAGCUUUGUUCUAAAGUUAUUUGUCCUCAAGAUGUGGUUCGUUUGGAAAGUGAAAUUGCCGUUAUACUCUGCGAUCUUGCAACUGAAGUGAAAUUAGGUGGCCUGGUGUAUUAUCGUUGGAUGUAUCCUGUAGAGAGGUACCUAGGAACAUUAAAAUCUUAUGUUCGAAAUAAAAGUAGGCCUGAAGGUUCGAUUGCUCAAGGCUACUUGGCAGAAGAAUGCAUAAACUUUUGCUUGUUGUAUCUUGCGGACUAUGUUGAGACAAAAUUCAAUCGUCCAAGCAGAAAUGAAGAAGUACAUAAGGAAAUUGAAGAGGGUUUAGAUAUAUUCUCUAAAUCAGGACAUCCUUUGGGGAGGGGCAAGGCAACAGUUUUUGAUGCUCAUAUCUUGAGUAAAGCACAUCAGUAUAUUUUAUUUAACUGUGAUGCUGUCACACCUUACAUAGAGCAGCAUCGUAGAUUGAUAGAAGAAUGGCAUCCUCAAGUUCCACAGCAUCUAAAAGAGCGCUUGCACAGCGAAAAUUUUGCUUGUUGGUUUGCUGAACAUAUUGACAAGUUAGAACUUCCUCAAAAUGUUUCGGUGUUGAGAGACUUGAGGUUCCUUGCUAAAGGUCCAGAUGUUGUUGGAAUCCAACAUGACAAGUAUGUUGUUAAUGGAUUUCGGUUUCACACCAAUGAAGUUGAGAAGAAAAGAAAAACGCAGAAUAGUGGUGUUACAGUCAAUGCAACAACAUCCAGUUUUGCAAGUAUAAGGGAUCAAAAUCCAGUUUUGAGUGAACUAGUCUACUUCGGCGUCUUGAAAAAUGUUGUUGAAUUAAUUUAUGGAGGUCAUCGGGUGGUGUUAUUCAAAUGUGAUUGGAUAUCAAAUGGUUCGAGAAUGAAACAAGAUGCUGAUGGGUUUACUGUAGUCAAUUUUGCAAAUGUGAGGCCUCAUGUUGAGCCAUUUAUACUCGCUUCACAAGCAUCACAGGUUUUUUAUGUGGAAGAUCCAACUGAUAAGGAUUGGCAAGUUGUUAUCUCUACCACUGCAAGAGGUGGAUAUAACAUGGGCACAACCAUGGAUGUUGAGACAUAUUUGCAAAGUGAUGUUGGCAAUCCUGUUGUUGAGAAUGAAAAUGAGGAAAUUAGUUGGGUUCGUGAGGAUGGACUUGGGAUUGAAGUUGAUUUGUCCCAAUAUAAUCUGAUUUAG